GCCGAGGCGCUGCUGGGAAGCGCAUCCCGCCCCGCUCCGCCCCGGCCGCCGCGGCCAUGACCGACAAUAUCCCGCUGCAGCCGGUCCGGCAGAAGAAGCGGAUGGACAGCAAGCACCGCAGCGGGUGCUGUGAGUGCUUACGAUGCUGUGGGAGAAGAGACCCCAGGCCUCGUACGGUUUGGCUUGGCCAUCCAGAGAAGAGAGACCAGAGAUACCCCCGCAAUGUUAUCAACAACCAGAAAUACAACUUUUUUACGUUUCUCCCUGGGGUGUUAUUUAACCAGUUCAAAUACUUCUUCAACCUUUACUUCUUGCUCUUGGCCUGCUCUCAAUUUGUUGUUGAAAUGAGGCUUGGUGCACUCUACACGUACUGGGUUCCUCUGGGAUUUGUGCUCGCCGUUACCGUCAUCCGAGAGGCUGCAGAGGAGAUCAGGUGUUACAUGCGCGACAAGGAGGUGAACUCACAGAUCUACAGCAAGCUCACAGGGAGAGGGACUGUGAAGGUGAAGAGCUCUAACAUACAAGUAGGAGACCUCAUCAUUGUUGAAAAGAACCAGCGGGUCCCUGCUGACAUGAUCUUCCUGAGGACGUCGGAGAAGAAUGGGUCUUGCUUCCUUCGCACUGACCAGCUGGAUGGUGAGACAGACUGGAAACUGCGGCUGCCGGUUACCUGCACCCAGAGACUGCCGACCGCCUCUGACCUGCUGCAAAUCCGGUCGUAUGUAUAUGCAGAAGAGCCCAACAUUGAUAUACACAAUUUUGUGGGAACCUUCACAAGGGAGGACAGUGACCCUUCUGUGAAUGAAAGCUUAAGCAUAGAAAACACCCUGUGGGCCAGCACAGUGAUUGCAUCAGGUACUGUUGUGGGAGUUGUCCUCUACACUGGAAGGGAACUGCGCAGUGUGAUGAAUACUUCAAACCCAAGAAGUAAGAUUGGUCUCUUUGAUUUAGAAGUGAACUGUCUCACCAAGAUCCUGUUUGGGGCCCUGGUGGUGGUCUCACUUGUCAUGGUGGCCCUUCAGCAUUUUGCUGGCCGUUGGUAUCUUCAGAUCAUCAGAUUCCUCCUCCUGUUCUCAAACAUCAUUCCAAUUAGUUUACGUGUGAACCUGGACAUGGGAAAAAUUGUCUACAGCUGGGUGAUCCGCAGAGAUUCCAAAAUCCCUGGGACCGUGGUUCGAUCCAGCACUAUUCCUGAGCAGCUGGGGAGGAUAUCCUACUUGCUUACAGAUAAAACAGGAACUCUUACACAGAAUGAGAUGGUCUUCAAGCGACUUCAUCUGGGCACGGUGGCGUACGGCCUUGACUCCAUGGAUGAAGUGCAGAGCCACAUAUUCAGUAUAUACACACAGCAAUCCCAGGAGCCGCCCGCUGUGAAAGGCCUGGCCUUGGCCACCAAGGUGCGUAGGACCAUGAGCAGCCGCGUGCACGAGGCGGUGAAGGCGAUCGCGCUGUGCCACAACGUGACGCCGGUGUACGAAUCCAACGGGGUGACGGACCAGGCCGAAGCUGAAAGGCACUACGAGGACUCGUGCAGGGUGUACCAGGCCUCCAGUCCCGACGAGGUGGCCCUGGUGCAGUGGACCGAGAGCGUGGGCUUGACGCUGGUGGGCAGAGACCAGUCCUCCAUGCAGCUGAGGACCCCGGGUGGCCACAUCCUGAACUUCACCAUCCUCCAGAUCUUCCCCUUCACUUACGAGAGCAAACGCAUGGGAAUAAUCGUCCGGGAUGAGUCAACGGGAGAGAUCACCUUCUACAUGAAGGGAGCAGACGUGGUGAUGGCUGGGAUCGUGCAGUACAACGACUGGCUGGAAGAGGAGUGUGGUAACAUGGCUAGGGAAGGCCUGAGGGUUCUUGUUGUAGCCAAGAAGUCUCUCACUGAAGAGCAGUAUCAAGACUUUGAAGCACGGUACGUCCAGGCAAAGCUCAGUGUGCACGACCGCUCGCUGAAGGUGGCCACGGUCAUCGAGAGCCUGGAGAUGGAGAUGGAGCUGCUGUGUCUCACCGGUGUGGAGGACCAGCUGCAGGCAGACGUCCGGCCCACUCUGGAGACGCUGAGAAAUGCUGGCAUUAAGGUGUGGAUGCUGACGGGGGAUAAGCUGGAGACAGCCACAUGUACGGCGAAGAACGCGCAUUUGGUGACGCGCACACAGGACAUCCAUAUAUUCAGACUAGUGACAAAUCGUGGCGAGGCCCACCUGGAGCUGAACGCCUUCCGCCGGAAGCACGACUGCGCGCUGGUCAUUUCUGGUGACUCCCUGGAGGUGUGUCUGAAAUACUACGAGUAUGAGUUCAUGGAGCUGGCUUGCCAGUGCCCUGCCGUCGUGUGCUGCAGGUGUGCUCCAACGCAGAAAGCCCAGAUCGUGCGUUUGCUGCAGGAAAGGACUGGCAAGCUCACCUGUGCCGUAGGUGACGGAGGGAAUGAUGUGAGCAUGAUUCAGGAGGCUGACUGUGGAGUCGGAGUUGAAGGAAAGGAAGGCAAACAAGCGUCGCUCGCGGCAGAUUUCUCUAUCACUCAGUUCAAACAUCUGGGUCGUUUACUGAUGGUGCACGGACGGAACAGCUACAAACGCUCGGCAGCCCUCAGUCAGUUUGUAAUCCACAGGAGCUUGUGCAUCAGCACAAUGCAGGCUGUUUUUUCAUCAGUAUUUUACUUUGCUUCAGUCCCCCUCUACCAAGGCUUUCUCAUCAUUGGGUACUCCACAAUUUACACCAUGUUUCCCGUGUUUUCCCUGGUCCUGGACAAGGAUGUUAAGUCUGAAGUUGCAAUGCUGUACCCAGAACUCUACAAAGAUCUUCUUAAGGGACGACCAUUGUCAUACAAAACAUUUUUGAUAUGGGUCUUAAUAAGCAUCUAUCAAGGUAGCAUCAUCAUGUACGGAGCGCUCCUCCUCUUUGAGUCUGAAUUUGUUCACAUUGUCGCCAUUUCCUUCACGUCGUUGAUUCUCACAGAGUUGCUGAUGGUGGCACUGACGAUCCAGACGUGGCACUGGCUCAUGAUAGUGGCUGAGUUGCUUAGUCUUUCCUGCUACAUAGCUUCUCUGGUCUUCUUACAUGAAUUUAUCGAUGUUUACUUCAUUGCCACUUUGUCGUUCUUGUGGAAAGUCACUGUCAUCACUCUGGUGAGCUGUCUGCCCCUCUACGUCCUGAAGUACCUGAGGCGAAGGUUUUCUCCUCCAAGCUACUCAAAGCUCACAUCCUAGGGCUGCUUUCCUUGUGCACCAGAGACAAACGCUGCACGUGGCUGAGAGGCAAAAAUCGUGUAGUUGUUACUAUAACAAAUACGUCUGAUAUUUGCAUAAGGAUCAUGUGGUAAUCUCUAUUACAUGCUGCUUCAUUGAAAAAGACUUCACAACUGCCAUGAAUGGAGACUGGCUGGUACAAGGGAGUUCUUUGGAGAGUGGAGGCACUUAUGAGUUCAGCCACUUUUUGUCACUUUUGUUUAACUUAACUGGGGUCAAAUGCGUGCAGCUAUGGUGAUGAUUGGUUUCUCACUUGUGGUUAAAAGCAUCCAAAAGCUGCUAACUGACCUCAACAUUUAUAUUUGACAAUUUUUAAUUUUUUAAGUAUCUGUGGUGUUCCUUGCAAUGUGCUGUGUAGUUUUAUAUUUAUCUUUUCAAUUCAAGUAGGUACGUUCUUUUUACAUCUUGGAAAUCCCUUACUGUAGGUGAUGCGCUGUAGUGCUGACAACAGAUUCCCGAUUUAUGGCAUGCUGUUCCCAUAGUGGGGCUCCAGUCUGCACAUGCUUGAGAAUCUGAGCUUGUCUGAGAUUUCCUGUCAGUGCUCACCCUAGUGAUUUUGGUGGUAUCCAGCCAUCGAUAACUACAGAGAAAUGUAAUCCAAAAUGAAGAAAUGGAGGUUUGUUUAGCUUUUGUGCUUCCUGCUAGAAGGAGCUGGUGACAUAAUAGCUUUACUGUAUAUUUAUUUGUAUAGGAGAGAAUUAUCUAAACUUAAGCAAAUUUCCUUUGGAAAAUAAAUUUGCAGUUGAUCA